AUUUCUAGAUGUGUUCUCUCUCAUUUGAGUUCCCGUUCCAAAUGCCACACAUAAGCGAAGAGCCUGGAACUCUUUCGUCAUUGAGAGACAUUACACCACAUCUCUUCUCACUCUCUCCUCACUCUAAUGCCACACAAGACUUAUGGGCACAGUCUGUCUGUAUUCGUGGCAACAGGGAGUUGUUUGGUUGUCAUGACGAUAAGCCACGCCCAGACUUAAAAUCUGCAUUGACUCGUGCAGUGUAUGAAUCACAUCCAACAACAAACAGUCAACUCUCUAUGUAUCAAACCCCAUUACUGCUAGCAACUCCAUUUCCACAGAUAUUCACUAAACAGAACACAGGAACAUCAACAAUUUCCUCUUAUACAACUCUCCAGUCUCAUUCAGGUAUAGAGGAAUUCUUUAAAACUCUUCACAGAGAGGCCAAAAGUGUUGAUAUAAGGAGAGUUCCUGUUUAUCAUUCAACUUGUCUUGAUGCUGAUUCGCAUCAAGAAAUGUUAGUAAAAUUGCAAGAAAUUAAAGACUUGUAUCAUGUUGGAUUAAAUUCUAGCGAUGACAGUACUGAUGAGGAAAACUGAUACUGAAAUACAAAAUUACACAUACAUUAAUGUACAUAUUCAUGUAGAAAAAUAAUCAAUUUUGUGCAUUCAUUGUGAUCAUUCUGUAUCUGAAUAACUCUGAAAUGUGAUUAUAAAUAUUUGCAUUAUUAAAAUAAACAUUAUUAAAAUCCAAA